AUGGCUAGAUCGUUCCAGUUCAACACCUGCCAUACACCGACCUUAUCACCUUCCUUGACGGUUGUACCAGCGCACGCAGAGAUUUUGAUACUACCCAGUACUUUUGCAUCCUUGCCGACAAACGUGAUGGAUUUGUUCUUGAGCGUAGGCUCAUUGCAUGCCCAAAAGGGCAGACGAUCCCUCUUGCAGAUCGAUGAGUUCGAUGAAGGCGUUGACCUUAAAGGAUGGAAGGUUGGCGUACUGGCAAAUCUUGCCAAAAUGACAGUCAUGAACAAGACGAUUGUGAACAAGACGAUUGUGAACAAGACGAUUGUGAACAAAAACGCUGCAAAUGAAUUGCUCAAGGACUUUGAUUUUCAGCGGCCCCUCGCACCUAAUGCGCCAAACAAAGAAAAGGACGUCAAGAUGGAGGCAGGAGAAUAUUCAAUCAAUAGAUUGUUUGCCUCAAUCGACACAUUUUCUUUGGAAGCACGGACAUACAUUCCAGACUUUACAGGUGAUGGCCUGUCAGAUCUGAUUGAGAUCAGCAAUGUGCAAUUCAUAUACUGGCAGAACAAAGACCAUGGCGCCUUUGAUGGUGCUGUUGUAAUGGGUAACUCUCCAAGUUUCUCGCAAUACGGAGACUUUGACCACGAUCGCUUGAGAUUGAUUGAUGUGGAUGGAACGGGGACCACAGACCUUCUCUACAUCCUCCCCGCAGGAGGGGCAAUGCUCUUCUACAAUCUCGCGGGCAAUUCUUGGGGUGACGCAAUUUAUAUUCCAAUGCUACCCGCUAUUACGGAACUAAACUCAGUGUUCAUGCUCGACAUUGAGGGUCGUGGCACAGCAAGCCUUUGCUGGCCAGAUACCUCUGCAUCCUCGAGCCUAAGUGAGAUCAGAUACAUCAGUCUGGUGGGGAAGAUCAAGCCCUUCCUUCUGGAAUCUUACAGUAAUGGCUUAGGUCAUUCGACGUCUGUCGCUUAUCGACCAUCGACUGAGUUUUAUCUCGAGGAUAUUGCAGCAGGACGACCAUGGACCACCAAAUUACCUUUUCCCGUGCAAGUAGUUACCACAACAGAAAUCAAGGAUGAAAUCUUGGGAAACUCACGACUUUGCAAAUACACUUACCGCAAUGGCUGCUACGAUCACUAUAAGAGUCAGUUUGCUGGAUUUGAGAUGGUCGAGCAGGUCGAACGCCAAUUGCUCAAUAUCGGGAACGGAGAGACAUACGGAAUCCCGGCUAGUCUUGUGAAGUCACGGUUCAAUCACACAAAAAACACUCUCUAUAUUGUGUAUCCGCGCGAGAAGGAGUUCAUCAAGAAAAUCAAACAUGACAUCAUCUCCACGAACCAGUCCCUGGGCAAUGUGUCUCACACACAAUUCUGGUUCACAAAUGAAGUCAUGGAAGAUCAAUACUUUCGGAACCCAGUGCCCUGGCACAUCGAAGAAGUUCGCAAGAUGGACGUGUCGACAUAUUCAGACAGUAAAAGAACGGAGCCUUGGGAAAUUUUAGAGGGCGAAGAACGCGCACUUUAUUUGCGCGCUGACUUUAGCGACACCUUGCUCCCAGGAAAAAUCGACGAAUAUUCAAUCUUAGACCAAUCGUCCGCCUUCGCAUACACUGAAAAGGCGGUGCAAAAGAUCGAAGAAGGUCUGCAAAAGUGCAAGACCAGACUGAAACCGUUACCUGUUCUUCAUGAUGACAGCUAUCAGCCUGUCACCAAAGAUACUGUGUCAGUAGCAGACUACCUUGAGUCACAGGGAUAUGUGAAGAUGGCUGGUGAGACUGGCGUAUCCUAUUGGGUUCCCUUGUCGAAAUCUCUUUUCAGUCUUUCAGCAACCGGUGUAGAGCAUUUACACGAAGCCCGGAAAUCCUUCUUCGUCUUGACGAUCCACGAAGAUGCAUGUAAAAAUCACUCUCAUGUCAAAAUGGAUACCGAGUACCUCUUAGUCGAGGCUGUUACGGGUGCAUGCGACAAUACUACAAAUUUCGAGAACGAUUAUGAGCAUCUCUGUCCGUUCAAACUUACAGACAUAAACUCAAAUUAUCAUCAAGUUGUGCUCGACACUUUGGGCAGGGUGAUUGUGAUCGAGUGGCACAUUAAACAAAAUGGUGGCGCCAAACGCUCAGUCCUUCGCACGCUGGCAAAGGGAAGUCUAGAAGCAGUGAAAUACCUUCCAAUCGUUGGUCCGGUCGUCCAAUUUGUAGGGCAACUUGCUCUGAAAUAUGAAGACAAGAAAUUCAAAGAACAGAAGCGCGCCAAUGAGAACGAAGCGCUCAUCCAACACGGCAUGAAGAUCGGAGAGGAGCGGGAAAAUGACAAGUGGCAAAAGGACGUUCUGAAGACGGUGAGCACAACAGCGGAAAAAGACAUGAAAAAUGUCAUGCUCAAUAAGCGCAUAUACGGGCGUGAGGGCCAGCCUGCUGUGCGUAAGAACAACAAUAUGAAUUACGGUCCCAAAGACGACGUGGCGCCCACCCAGUCACUACGUCGUGACUCGGUCAUUGGGCAAGCUGAACCAGAGGGUCAGGACAGCCUGGUCGUGGAGGACUUGGAUCGUCCCAGUAUAGCGCGUCGUCCAAAUGUUUCGUCAGAGGAUGGGCACAUCUUUAAUAUCAGCAAGGCAGCGAGACAGCGGCCGUUGGGCACGAGGGAGCAGAGUCUGUUUGGGCCAAAGCAAAAUCCGGGCAACAAAAUUAUGAAUAGCUAG